AUGGCCUUGGUAGAACGCCGCCUAUGGGAUGGAACAGUUAUAAUCAUACAUAUCGCUGAUGCCAUGGUUACUCAUGGUUUUCGCAAAGUUGGUUAUACUUAUUUAAAUCUUGAUUAUUGUUGGUCAAAUAGUAAGAGAAGUCAAAGUAAAAAACUCAUUCCUGAUCGAAAAGCAUUUCCUCAUGGCAUAAAAGAUGCAAAAACAUUCGCAGAUUGGGGUGUUGAUUAUUUAAAGUAUGAUAAUUGCAAUAAUACUGGUGUUAGUGCGGCAAUGCGAGAUGCACUCAAAGCUACUAAGAGACCAAUUUAUCAUAGUAUAUGUAAUUGGGGGGAAAGUGAGCCUCAUUUUUGGAGAACAACUACUGAUAUUUGGUCGGUUUGGAAAGGAAUUUUAUAUGUUUUAGACCAACAACGAAAUAUUACAAAAUUUGUAGGUCCAGGAGGUUGGAAUGAUCCUGAUAUGCUUGAAAUAGGUAAUGGUAAACUUACUUUUGAUGAACAAAAAAGCCAUUUCUCUUUAUGGGCUGCCUUGAAAGCUCCUUUAUUACUUGGAUUUGAUCUUAGAAACCCGCCAAAAGAUACAUUGGCUGUGGCAUUAAAUAAAAAAAUAAUAGCUGUUAAU